AUGAACAGUGUCUCGUUGGAAACAUUACUAGGUGUCAGAAUAAAGGCUACCACAAUCUUGGACACCGUCAUCCAGGGCAAAGUGUACUCUGUCGACGUCGACACCAACACCAUCACCUUAAUCCAAGACAAAUCAUCCGAGAAUAACCUAUCCAAUAACACUUACCGGGUCCUCAGGGCCUCGUUCCUCAAAUCAGCAGAGGUGAUGACCACCAAAAACAACAACAAACCCAAGGGAAAGAGCCUCAGCAAGCCAACGUUUAAAACCGCCGAUCCAAAGAUUUCCCACGUCAAUCUAGACGAUAUCAAGGCAAAACAAUCGCAAAUCGCCAAGCAGCUGGAAAAAGACCGGUUACAAUCUGCCAGAGACAAAUUCAUCGAUAAUAACCUCAAGUUGAUCUCGGGGAUCCAUGGCAAGGAGAUCUACAGGAAAAUCACCAAGUUGUUCCCGUUAGAAGAGGUCCAAGUGAGGAGCGAUGCGAUCGCGGUGUUUGGGGCUGUGACGAUCAACAAACCGUGGGGAAUUGACAACGUCGAGAUCAUCAAGAAGGCCGGGGAUUUGGAGAAGGACAGCCGGGCUGAUUCUUCGAUCGAGUUUGUCAAAAGCAUUGUUGUUGAUGUCAAUGCGAAGAUCAUUGGGGGUUGA